AAAAUAAAGAAUUUGGAAAAAUCAAAAUCCAAAUCUCAAUUUCACUUCUUCUUCUCUUCUGGAAAACUCCAUUAGAUCUCAAUGUAUGAGCAGUGUAAUUUUAGUGUUUGAUUUUGUAUAAGUUAUUGAUAUUUAUGUAAAUGGCGUCGACGGAGCAAUUGAUGGGCAGCGGCGGGCCCAAGUACGUGCAAAUGGAGACGGAGGCGCCGGGGGAGUCGGAGUUGCCGCCGAUGAAUUCGUCCUUCUUUUCGCCUCAUCAUCAGAAUUUUCCGGGCGGGGAGUUGGCUCGGAUUUUUGAUGAGUUGCCCAAAGCUACUAUUGUUCAAGUUUCGCGGCCGGACGCCGGUGAUAUCAGCCCCAUGCAACUGACUUACACGAUUGAAUUGCAGUACAAGGAGUUCAAGUGGCAGUUAGUGAAGAAAGCUUCGCAAGUCUUUUUUUUACACUUUGCUUUGAAGAAACGGAAAUUUAUCGAGGAGAUCCAUGAAAAGCAAGAGCAGGUUAAAGAGUGGCUUCAAAAUUUAGGAAUAGGAGACCAUACGACAGUCAUGCAAGAUGAUGAAGAACCAGAUGAUGAUGCUGUUCCUUCACGUCAAGAUGAGAGUGCUAGAAACAGAGAUGUUCCAUCUAGUGCUGCUCUUCCAAUUAUCCGGCCGGCACUUGGAAGGCAGCACUCAAUGUCGGACCGAGCCAAAGGAGCAAUGCAGGGAUACUUAAAUCACUUUCUCAGCAAUAUAGAUCUUGUGAACUGUGAAGAGGUGUGCAAGUUCUUGGAAGUUUCCAAGUUAUCUUUCUCACCGGAGUAUGGUCCUAAGCUAAAGGAAGAUUACAUUAUGGUGAAGCAUUUACCUAGAAUCUUGGACGAUGACGAUGACGAAACAUGUUGUUCAUGUCAGUGGUUCUGUUGUUGCAGGGAUAAUUGGCAAAAGGUUUGGGCUGUAUUAAAACCUGGAUUCUUGGCCUUUCUUAAGGACCCUUUUGAUCCCAAGCCUUUAGACAUUGUUGUUUUUGAUGUUCUACCUGCCUCAGACGGCAAUGGAGAGGGUCGAGUAUCCUUGGCAAAAGAAGUUCAUGAUCACAAUCCCUUACGUCAUUAUUUCAGGGUGACUUGUGGCACUAGGAGCAUAAAGCUUAGGACAAAGAGCAAUGCCAAAGUAAAAGAUUGGGUUGCUGCAAUCAAUGAUGCUGGUCUACGACCACCUGAAGGUUGGUGUCAUCCCCAUCGCUUUGGCUCUUUUGCUCCUCCUCGGGGUCUGACUGAAGAUGGUAGUCAAGCUCAGUGGUUUGUGGAUGGUCGGGCUGCAUUUGAAGCUAUUGCUUUGGCCAUUGAGCAAGCAAAAUCUGAGAUAUUCAUAUGUGGGUGGUGGGUGUGCCCAGAACUAUACCUGCGGCGCCCAUUUCAUGCUCAUGCAUCCUCUCGCCUUGAUUCUUUACUGGAAUCUAAAGCCAAGGAAGGUGUUCAGGUAUACAUUCUUCUAUACAAAGAGGUAGCCCUAGCUCUCAAGAUUAACAGUGUCUAUAGCAAGAGAAAGCUUCUGGGCAUUCAUGAAAAUAUCAGAGUACUACGAUACCCUGACCAUUUUUCUUCUGGUGUCUAUCUAUGGUCCCAUCAUGAAAAAAUUGUUAUUGUGGAUCACCAGAUAUGUUUUAUCGGAGGACUUGAUCUGUGCUUUGGCCGUUACGACUCUGGUGAACAUAAGGUGGGUGAUUAUCCUUCUCAAAUAUGGCCGGGCAAGGAUUAUUACAAUCCAAGGGAAUCAGAACCGAAUUCGUGGGAAGACACGAUGAAGGAUGAAUUGGAUCGACAGAAGUUCCCACGCAUGCCUUGGCAUGAUGUCCACUGUGCCCUUUGGGGGCCACCUUGCCGUGAUGUAGCCCGGCAUUUUGUACAGCGAUGGAACUAUGCAAAGAGAAAUAAGGCUGCAAAUGAGCAAACAAUUCCACUGCUCUUGCCUCAGCAGCACAUGGUUAUUCCUCAUUACAUGGGUAAAAGCAAAGCAAUAGAGUUUGUUGAGGAAAAUAACUUGAGCAAUCAUAAAGACACCAGAAGAAAUGACCGUUUACCCUCUCCAUCAUCAUUUCAAGAUGUCCCGUUGCUUAUGCCUCAAGAGGCUGAUGGGCCAGAUGCUGUAAAGAUAGAACCAAAAUUAAAUGCAUUUAACACACUGCAUGAUUUUGAUGGUCAGCCAAGCAGGCCUAGCAGGACUGGUUUCUGUUUCCGUAAAUGCAAAGUUGAACCAAUAAUCCCAGAUAUGCCCAUGAGGGGGUUUGUGGAUGAUCUUGACACCUUUGAUCUUCAGAGUGACUUGUCUUACCAUUUCAUGCAGCCUGAUUCAGAAGUUAAUGAAAAGGAGUGGUGGGAAACACAGGAACGAGGUGCUCAAGUUGUUUCAGCUGAUGAAAUUGGACAAGUCGGCCCUCGACUACCUUGUCGCUGUCAGAUUAUAAGGAGUGUCAGCCAGUGGUCUGCUGGUACAAGCCAGAUUGAAGAAAGUAUUCACAGUGCUUACUGUUCGCUUAUUGACAGAGCAGAACAUUAUGUAUACAUUGAGAAUCAAUUUUUCAUCUCUGGUCUGUCAGGUGAUGAAAUUAUUCAAAAUCGUGUUUUAGAAGCAUUGUAUAGGCGUAUUAUGCGAGCUCACAAUGAGAAGAAGUGUUUCAGGGUUAUUAUUGUCAUACCACUUCUUCCAGGUUUUCAGGGUGGUGUGGAUGAUUCUGGUGCUGCAUCUGUGAGAGCCAUUAUGCAUUGGCAGUAUCGGACAAUAUGCAGAGGACAUAAUUCAAUACUGCAUAAUCUGUGUCACCUUGUUGGCCCUAGAGUGCAUGAUUACAUAUCCUUUUAUGGUCUGAGAGCUUACGGUAGACUUUUUGAUGGUGGUCCUGUUGCUUCUAGUCAGGUUUAUGUUCAUAGCAAGAUUAUGAUUGUUGAUGACCGUACAACAUUGAUUGGCUCUGCUAAUAUUAAUGACAGAAGUUUGCUUGGAUCUAGGGAUUCUGAGAUAGGAGUACUGAUUGAGGACAAAGAAUUUGUUGAUUCAAGGAUAGGUGGCAAGCCAUGGAAAGCUGGAAAAUUUGCAUUGAGUCUUCGCCUUUCGCUCUGGUCGGAACACAUUGGUCUUCAUUCCACAGAGGUUAAUAAAAUAAGAGAUCCGGUGAUUGAUUCAACCUACAAGGAUCUAUGGAUGGCGACUGCCAAGACAAAUACGAUGAUAUACCAAGACGUCUUUUCUUGUAUACCAAAUGAUCUGAUACAUACAAGAGUUGCACUCCGACAAUGCAUGAGCUUCUGGAGGGAAAAAAUUGGGCACACCACUACUGAUUUAGGAAUAGCUCCAAACAAGCUUGAACUCUUCAAAGACGGAGAGGUUACAGGCACGGAUCCUAUGGAAAGAUUAAAAUCCGUAAAGGGACAUCUCGUUUCGUUCCCUUUGGAGUUUAUGUGCAGAGAAGAUUUAAGACCUGUAUUCAACGAAAGCGAAUACUAUGCAUCACCCCAAGUUUUUCAUUAAUUGAUCGGCCAUCUGUGGAAACGAUUGAUGUACUCUGGUAAUUGGAGAUUUUUCUACUCAAUGCAUGACGAUUGCUGUAUUGGAGACGCAGCACACAUCAAGAGCAAGAAUUUUGCCCACGGCGAAUAAAGGCCUCAACUGAUGUAUUUGGGAGCUGUAAUAAUGGUACGUUUUCUUGUUUAAGCAUCCGGGGACAGCUUAUUCUUUGUGUACAUUUUGAUCUCAAAAUUUUAUCAAAACAUCUCCACUUUUUUGUAGUUUCUUAAUUCUCUUCCCCUUUUCCACUUUCUAAGUUUGUGUGAAUGGUGUUUAUUUGGGGGAGCAUGGAUUAGUUUUCUACUUUCAUGGGAUCUUUCCUUUUAUAUAUAUAUAAAGUGGUGUUGAAAAAUAUCAAA